UUUUUAGGCAGGAGAGUGCUGCAACCCGUCUGAGGCCUGAAUUUUUGCAGCGGCUUUGUCACAUGUUCAUUUCCUUCUCUCACAUGACCUCUUGUUUGGCCCCGUGAUCAGGCUUUCCUUCUACCUGGAAAAUUUAAAAUCCGAACUUCAGGACACAUGGAUAUGCUAGAUCAAGCCCUGGACUCCAGCCAGGAGAAGGGCCAAGAAGGAGAGGAGCAAGUCACAAUCCAUGCAGUGUCAGAAGGUGGUGAAACAGCUACAGUCACAGUAAAUGCCUCUGACGACCAGACUGCUGCGGUGAUCGCAGCCCAGCAGGGAGGGAGUUUCACAGACGGAAACAUUCAGUACCAGUUCCGUACGGAGAGUAACGGGCAGGGACAGGUGACAUACAGGGUGGUGCAGGUGACAGACGCCGCAGCUGGAGAUCCCCAGGCCGACACCUCCCAGGUGAAUGUGGUAGUCACCUCAGGAAACUUUGUACCUGCUUCUCAAACUGUCACUCAGCAGGCGGUGAUUCAGAGCCCAUUUGCCAAUGGCACAAGUCCUUCCAACGUCACAGAGCACAACGCUGGCGAGACGCGGUUCACAUACUUCCCUGCCACAAGUGUGGGGGAGGCAGGGUCCACACAGACCGCUGAGGGCACCACACUUACACAGACUGCAACAGGAGAGUUUAUCAUCCAGACCAGUGGAGCGAGAGAAGCGGUGACCACCACCCAACCCGAAAAUGUCACUUUGGCACAGCCAGCACAAGGAGUGAUUGGCCAAGAUGUACACCAGACAGGAGCACCAGGCCAGUUCUAUGUCAUGAUGUCUCCACAAGAUGUUUUGCAACAGGGAGCACAGCGCACCAUCGCUCCUAGAACACAUCAGUUUAGUCCAAAAAUGGACAAUACACGUCCAGUCAGGGAUGAAAGGAGAAGAGUGUCCCACAAUGAAGUUGAACGUCGCCGUAGAGACAAAAUCAACAACUGGAUCACGAAGCUGUCCAAGAUUGUCCCUGACUGUGCCCAGGACCAUACGAAGCAAGGACAGGUGGGGAGUAAAGGAGGAAUCCUUGCCAAAACAUGUGACUACAUCCACGAGCUGCGCACAGCUAACGCCCGCAUGGCGGAAAGUCUGAAGGACGCGGAGCGCAUCUCCGUGGACGCUGAGUUGCUACGGCAACAGGUUGAGGAGCUGAAAAACGAAAAUGCGCUCUUGAGGGCCCAACUUAACCAGCAUGGUAUUGAGGCCGUGAGCUCCAACCAAUAGUGUGACAAGACGUGUGCAUUUUAUCAUGUUGUACAAAGGAGGAAAACCGGAUGUGGGACCUUCCCAGGGAGCACCUCAGAAUGGACUAUGUACUAGAAGGAGAUGUACCAUACAUUCCAAUAGCAGUACUGUGAAGUUUCCUGUACUCCCCAGUUUUCUUCAACUGAGUCCCAUAACAGUGCUGUACCUAGUGUAAAGAUGUGUGAAGAAAAACACAUAGGGACCCAAAGUAUUGUUGACUGGUGAAAGUGCUUUAGUGUGUUCUAAUAUAAAAAAUGAUGCAGACUGUUUUUAAAUUUAUGUAGAUUGAAACUCCUCCAGCGUUCAAAAGCGGCAACAUACGCAUCAACCUUUUCCUAUACACAGAAUAUUCAGCUAUGAGAAUUGUGUAUUGUUGUAGCAGACUGGUAGAAUGUGCUUGUGUGAGUGAGUAAGUGUAUGUGUGAGGAAAAUGUUGUUCAUGUAUAAGAAAUGCACAUGAAACUAGUCAAAAGAUUGCCGACAGCACAUGUUAUCCUUUUAUGCUUGGUCAGGUUUGGUCACCAUGAUAGUGAAGUCCAAUACUAUUCAAGUGUUACAUGUGAGAAUGCUUCCAAUAGUUUGAUUUCAGUAUUCUUGGUUCCAUAUGUCAUAGCAUAGUCAGACAGAGCAUUUCUGUAGUAGGUAGUGUGAAAUUUGGUCUGGCCAGCAAUAGACAAAAUGAUACAUUCACCAGAAAUGUUUUGUGUGUUUAGGAGGACUCCAAAUAUAUGUUGUUUUGUACAUGUGCAAAAUAAGAUAAUGCUGAUCUCAUCUGACUGGAAUAUUUGUUUUGAAAAUUCUUUUGAUAAGGUUAUCCUUAUGUACACAGAUAAACAGAAACCUGAAUUGACUUUGCUUGUAGUUUGUUUCUAGCAAGCUGGUAAACGUAGCUUUUGAUUGUUGCGGUGAAAAUAUGGGAAAUGAAAUAUGCUCUUCUUUUUAUUAGUAAAGGUAGCCAAGUAUGGAGGGAUAGAACUUAUAUAAUGUGAUAUGCAGAAAUUAAUGUUGGCCUCUACAUUGUGUACAUACAAGUAAUGUAGCCAUUUACUUGAAAACAAUUGUACCCAGAGUUUUUUUUGUAUAUGUUGCCCCUGUGAGUUGUUUCACUCUUUAAGCCAUUUUGUACCUCUUGCAAAAUUGAUACUUCAUGCAUUGGUUAGUAAGUCUUGGUGUGUACUGGUACUACUUUAGGGCAGACCAGGAAGAGUGAUUAAAAAAAAUGGCAUAGAGCGGACAAUAGGUUACUGUUUCAAAUUGGAAACUAAGCAAUAGUACAUGUAGCUAAGAUAUGGCUCAUCCACUUCAGUUUUUGUGUUUAGAACUGUGUUUGAUAUAGUUUCAACUGUACUGGUAUUUAAGCUAUGUGUAUUGAAAAAGUAAAUGGCCCAGGUUCACCAAAAUGUCUUCAGUACUCUAACUGCAAAGAAAGAAAACCACUUCUUUGUAGUGCAACACAUUGUCAGAAACCCGUCAUUUUUUAUUGUUAGCUUCCUAGGUCCUUCCUGAUCUGGUCUUGAAUCCUGUGUUCCUAACAGGGAAAUCUCAUAGUGGGCCCCAGAGGGAUGUUAUUCCUAAAGCCUAUAUAGAAUAGAAGUCUAUGUAGAAUAGGUUUGGUGAAAAGAUAUGUGAAGGACAGCCACAUACAUGUGUUCAAAUAUCAGGAUUACAGUACAAAAAAUCAGCACUAGAUGUAUGGACCGAAGUAGCAACAACACUGUACUAGAUGAGCAGAAACUAAGAUGCGUCAUGCAACUAACAAGUUAGUAUGUAGUUCUCAUGAUGAUUGUUGAAGUCUCUACAUGAAAUAUUCCCUCAACUCUGUGUGAAUAGGUUAAUAUGAUCAAUGGCAGGAUGUAUAAUCUAUAAACAAAUGGUACAUGUUUCUUUUUGUGACUCUUCUUCAAAGUGUACAUAUUUUUGACAAUAAAGAAAAGCUCAAGAAGCUCACACUUCAGA